CGCGCCCCGAUGAUAUCAGGUGAGCUGAGCCUCUGCUUCUCCUCAUGCACCUUCGAGCCAACAACAGUUAGCAACCGCGAAGAAAACUUGAUCAGAUUCGGCCAUCAUUUGGCCUAGCUAUGUUCCGGCCGAUUUCACGAUGACGAGGCUCCGCGGAGCUUCCCUCGACGGUCCGAACACGGCUCAGCCGGGUGGUAGCGAGCGAUCUCAAUACACUCGAUCCAAGAUCCCGCCAAAUGCGCCGGACGUUAUCGUACAAAACACCGUCGAAGUCACGGACCCUUCUCGGGUCCUACCGUGGUAUCGGGAUGAGCGCCGGAGGCGAUUCAAUAUACUAGUGCGAAGGUACAAAAAUCAACUGCUACAUGGAUGUGAUGACCCAGGAUGCCGUACCCCAACCUGCGCCAGCCGACGUCGGAGAGUCAGCGAAGGCCCGUAUCGCCGAUACACUGAACUUAGCGCGCGAACUCUAGCCUGUUACCUCGCUAGUCAGGAUGAUCCAGAAAGCGGCUUGUGCUGCAAUAAACCCCGGUACUCAUCCGAAAUGACGAUUCACGACUAUCACCGUAUCUCGCUCCAGCGAUCUCGAGCCUUCCAAGCGCAUGCUGUCGCUGUUCCUACAGAGGCAGAGCGCCGCUAUUCCCAAGCCCUACGAGAACAAGCAGACAAUUUUCAUCACAAAAUACCCGCGGACACAAAUGAACAGGCCGGAGCAUCGGCUCUUUCUAGAGGUAUCUCAGAAACGACGUUCGAUGCCGCGCAGCCGAGCACUUCCAAUUUUCAAGACCUUGACUACGUUGCCGAACAACCUCUCAAAGAUCCUAAAUCCUUUACCCAAUAUCUCUUUGAUACGUUGUCAUUACGCAUGGUGGAGUGGCUCCCACUGCGACGUGCAGCCGAGAAUUUGCAGCCGCCUCGGAGUCAAUUGAUGAGCCACCCGGAAAGCAAUGAGACGCCAAAUCAUGCAAAGAGACAAGACAAAGGAGCAGACAAGCUGAAAACAGAUGCCAGCCAGGUCGCCCCUUCGAAUACGAGGAGCUCUUUACCGCGCACUCCUUCAUCUCGAACCUCCGGAAUGCAACCCUCGGCCGUGGAGCUCACUUUUCAAAACCAGCAUGUCAAGCGACUGUCGCUUCCUGAAGCGGAUACUUGGCGACAGUCACCUCGAUCUAGCCUAGAAGAAAAGAAGCGACCAGAGUACAAAAGUCACAAACUGUCAAUGAACGCGCAUCUCGCUUCAAACGAGUUUACCACCAUGCCAUCGCCGCCGGCAUUGAAACACCGCCCCCAGAAACAUCGCGGGAGAGCGGGGGACUUGGACAAACCACGGUCUAAAGAUCACCCCAAGAAUCGACGCCGUGUAUCAUGGGACAGUGAGAAGCUAUUGACUGAGACGACCAUCGGCGCAAGCACGGAAAACCUUCAACCACCUCCUCCACAGUCGGACAUCGAUAUCGACACCCCAACAAAUCGUAAACCGAAGACGAGUUCCAUGCGCCGCACGGAAAAUGUGGCCCCACUGGCCCAGUCGAUUUCCCAUUUUACGCCGGAGAUUAUCGAUGGUCUUAGUCAAGUCAUGUUUUCUUCCGAAGAAGAUGCAGAGGCGUGGCGGGAGGAGCUUGACCACAUACAGUCCAUGGGAAGCUUUGACAACCCUGAUUGGAAAUUUGCAACGCCUCGCCAGCGCCAGGUCUUCCCUUUUAUCGCCCAGAGUGCGUAUUUCAUAUUCAGCAAUACCGGGCAGAUUCUACUGUCUUUCGGGAGAGAUGCUCUAGAACUCGAUACAUCAGCCAACAAGAUGAAUCAACGCCUGGAUAUGUCAAAGCUUCAGGGGUCUCUGCAGCGGCUUUUCACUAUUUGCCCAUGGGACAUUGCUUUGCACAGCUUGUGGAGUUCGCUGGACAAGCUUUUCCUGCCGCCGAACGACCUAGCCUCCUCUGGGCGACCUUCUCGUCGUUCGUCUCGGAGCUCUACUAUGACAAGUUCCGCUCCCCCCGUGGUGCGGCGACUCUCCGAAUCCGCCAAUAAUGAGCACUUGUCUGACGCAGAUGCUGCUUAUAUUGCCACCGUUGCUUUCUUUGUCUUGGUCAGCUCAGUUCCGGAUCUUGACAUCAGCACGUGGCGUGGGAUUCUGCGGAUGCGGGCUGCUGGAACUGUCGCCUCCUCUGCUGACAUGCAAAAGCUGUCUCCUGAACAUGCACAGCAAGCAGUGGAAGCCACCGACAGACUUGAACAUGAACUAGGCCUCCGCUUGAUCAGUCGUCUUGUCCGUGCUCUCGCCGCCAGACUCGCCUAUCAUGAGAUAUCCAAAGCUCGGCAAGUGUACAGCCUUGAUCUACCCAAACAACGAAGAGUCAAUGUGCUCGAUCGCAUCAUGGAUCAUUUCAGCGAGCAACGACCACGGAAACUCUUGGAGACCGAAGACUCAUCUUCUCACUCCGCUUGGCCUAUUCCUCUCAUUGUUGAGUGGCUCCGAACGCUUUUUCUACGCGAAUGGGACGGUAACCCGGAAAUGGCCCGCAGCAGUGCGGCUGGAGGCGCGGUGCAGAUACUGGCUUUGAUGUACAAAGAACGACAUCGCCUGGGUCUUCUGCCUGAGGACUUUCACACUCCCAUUCUCACUGAGCGGCUGGACCCUCUGGAGAUGCCCGUUGCAUGGUUGGGGAACCUCUCGAACAACCGUACGAUGCACCUUCUCUCAUAUCCAUUCCUCUUCCCGCCGUCGUACCUGGUCAUAUACUUUAGAGCCCUCAAUUACUCGGCGAUGUCCAAGUAUUACGAGGCUGCGAUGACUACCACGCGUCACAUUACACAGUCUGCAUUCAGCAGUAUUACGAUUGCAGAUGAGGCCGCGCUUCUAAGUCGCAUGAAGACCUCCAUGUCCACCUAUCUGGUUUUGGUGGUUCGGCGAGAUAGUGUCUUGACCGAUGCUCUCAACCAGCUCUGGCGUCGAGAGAAGCGAGAGCUCAUGCGCCCGCUCAAGGUGCAGAUGGGCAUGGACGAGGGCGAGGAAGGGUUGGAUCACGGUGGUGUCCAGCAAGAGUUCUUCCGUGUUCUCAUGGGCGAAGCUUUGGAUCCAUCCUACGGCAUGUUCAUGGCGGAUCCCCGGCAUCAUGUCUCCUGGUUCCAACCCUGGUCUUGGGAACCGCUUUACAAAUUUGAGCUACUUGGGCUGCUGAUGUCUAUAGCCGUAUACAAUGGUCUCACGCUGCCCAUCAACUUCCCAGUGGCAUUCUAUCGCAAGUUGUUGGGUCUGAAAGUCAAACAUCUUGACCAUAUUCGCGACGGCUGGCCUGAGCUCACUCAGGGUCUGGAGUCCCUCCUCACCUGGAGUGAUGGCGAUGUGGGUGAUGUCUUCAUGCGCACGUACGAAUUCAGCUUCGAGUUUUCGGGCUGCGUGGAGACAGUUGACAUGCACAAGAUUGGUCGUGACGAAGUUUGGCCUGUCUCCAAAGCAGCGCGUUCAGACACCGCCGAUCACGAAGCUGUGCGCUCGGACGGCUCUCAUUACUUUGAUUCAGAGACGGGUUGCCCGCAAUCUUCAAUCGCAGCAGAAGCGUCUCAUCACGCCUCUACCGCUUCCAAUCCGGCUAACCCCGCUGAAUCCAUUCGGUCUUUGCCUCCGCUGUCGCCAAACGCUCCUUCUAUCGAAGCGCCUCUCGUGACAAAUGAGAAUCGCAAUCAGUUCGUCAAAGAUUACAUCUUUUGGCUCACCGACAAGUCGAUCAGGCCGCAGUUCGAGGCUUUCCUGCGAGGCUUCCACACCUGCCUGGAUCGCUCAGCCCUAUCAAUCUUUACGCCCGAAGCACUCAAGACCGUCGUCGAAGGGAUUCAAGAAAUCAACGUGGCAGAACUGGAGCACCAUGCUCGGUAUGAGGGCGGUUUCGGACCCACUCACCGAGUCAUCCGUGACUUCUGGAGUGUGGUCCAGCAAUAUCCGCUCGAGAAGAAGGCACAGCUUUUGGAAUUUGUCACCGCCAGCGACCGAGUUCCCGUCAACGGUAUCUCGAGCAUUAUGUUCGUGAUUCAGAAGAACGGUGUUGGAGAUUUGCGCCUGCCGACCAGUCUGACAUGCUUCGGUCGUCUACUGCUUCCCGAGUACUCCUCGAAAGAAGCACUGGCCGAGAAGCUGGACAAGGCACUUGAAAAUGCGCGAGGAUUCGGCGUUGCAUAAGGAGGCUUUCAUUUAGAUCAACACUGUUGGUCGUAUCUAUACAUACCCAUUUCCUCGUUAUUUAGUUCCUUCGGGAAUGAAAAAAAGCUUUCCCUUGAAGAAGGCAACGAUUGUAAAGCACACUUAUUCGUACGGCGCAAAUGUAUUAAACGGAAUUCUCAAAGAGAUGGCGGCGAAGCUUCCAGCCAGAUUAAUAAGUUCUUUCAUAAGACGGACAG